GUGGUGUUCAAAAUAUUAGAUGUCGUUGUUGAAGUCACUCCUCCGAAAGCUUAAGGCAACUGAUGAGCCAAAAAAGAAAGGGUUUUCAGAUGGAAUAGAAAGAAACAUAAACCCAUCUGACAUAUGGGAAAUUAUUUCCGAACUGGGAGAUGGGGCGUUUGGGAAAGUGUAUAAGACUCGCAAGCGUGAUGGCGAUUUGUACGCCGCACUUAAAAGGGUCGAGUUCGAUUCUGAGGGUGAACUAGAGGAUUUUAUGGUCGAGAUAGAUAUUCUUUGCAACUUCAAACAUAAAAACAUACUUUCCUUGCACGAAGUUUACAUACAUGACAGCAAGUUGUGGAUGUAUCUGGAAUUAUGUGGUGGUGGAGCUUUGGACUCAAUUAUGGAAGGACUUGAAAAACCAUUAACUGAGCAACAAAUAACAUUCGUUUCGCAUGAAGUCCUUCAGGGUCUCGGAUAUUUACACGAAAACCUAAUCCUCCACAGAGAUAUGAAGGCUGGAAACAUCUUGUUGACCACAAACAAUGAAAUUAAGCUUGCUGAUUUCGGUGUCUCUGCAAAGUUGGCAGACGAAAAGCAAAAAAGAUCAACAUUUAUUGGAACACCUUACUGGAUGGCUCCGGAGGUUAUUACCUGUGAAACUUUCAAAGAUGCACCUUACAAUUGGAAAGCUGAUAUAUGGUCUUUUGGUAUAACUUUAAUUGAACUUGCUCAAAUGAGACCACCCCAUAAUUCAAUCAAUCCAACACGUGUUCUCUUGAAAAUUUCUAAAUCAGAUCCACCUACGUUAUCCAAACCACAUUUAUGGUCUUCCAAAUUUAACGCAUUUUUGGCACGCAUUCUUCAAAAAGAUCCAAAUAAAAGACCAGAAUGUAAAGAUCUUUUAUUGGACCCAUUUGUCUCCGAUGUAACUGAGAAUGAUCGCAAGGUAAUCCAAUUACUUUUAUGUGAAGCGAAUGCGGAUAUCAUAGAGACUGUUGAAGAUCUUGAUCCAAACGAAACUAUUGAUGAAAUUGAUGACAAUGAAAUGAAUACCCUUAUACUGCCUGAUUCAACUAAACUAUCAAUUCCUAUUGAUGUGGAAUAUGAUGAUGGAGAAGAUGAUGACUAUACAGAUGAUCAAGAAUCUAGUAGAGAUGUUAAACAUAAUGAUGGUAGUCAUGGGGAUAGUGGUGUCAGUCUUAGUGGAACAAAUUCGGAAGAUCGAUCUCAAUUUGAAAAGUAUGUAUCUGACACAAAAGCUACUUCAAAUAAUAAUACGAAAUUGAUGAAUGAUCAUGUGAAUGAAGUAAUCGAUCAGGUGAUUACCGAGGUAAUCACAUCAGAUACACAAUCACCUUCAAUUUCAUCGUGUGUAUGUGAAGUUAUGCAUGAACUGAGUUCAACUGGGGAAGCAUCUAGAAAUUCUAGUACUACCACUACUAGUAACGCUACGGAAGAGCCUAUUACCAUGGAGAAAAAGGGUAUUCGGGAGAUAAUUAUCUAUUCUAAGAAAAACUUUACACCAUCAGAUAAUAAGAAUAAAUCUAUUGUUAAUAAUGGUACACGGGCAAAUUCAUCUUCUUCGAGUGACAGCAACCACAAUAACGUUGACAGUAAAGCGAAUAUGACUACUUCUCCGCUUAAACGUCAAAAUAGUGCUUAUCGUACAAGGACAAGAACACGUAGAUUUGUUGUCGACGGUCAAGUGGUCACUACAACAUCUAAGCAUAUUGUAAAUACUAAUUUAGAGGAGAAGAAAUUCCAUGAGGAUGAACAAGUGAAACGUAAAGCUGCCCUACGUGCAUUCAGGAUAUUGGCAAAACAAGAAGUGCAUCAAACACGUGAGCUAAAUGAACGUGCACAACAACAAAUGGAAGUGUUAGAAAAUAAAAUGAAUGCAGAAUUCUCUGCAUUGACAAAAACGUAUGAUCAGAAAAUGGAAGUUGUCUUACGCAAUUACAGGCUACAAAUGGAACGAUUAGAUAAAGAAUUCGAAGUUGAAAUGAAACGAAUUCGAUCAGAGACUUCAAAAGAAGAGCGUACAUUUAAAGAUCGUUUAAAAAGUGAAAUUGAUACAUAUGAUCGUGCAAUGCGUAAAGCUGCUAGACGUGAUUUAAUUAAACUUGAUCAUGAUAAUAUGAAAUCGAAUUCUUUGGUAUCAUUAAAUUCAAAUCAUUCAACAAAUUCAUUAGUUAGUCAACGUUUAACCGUAUUUCGUGAAGAUCAAGAAUCUCGUGUUAAUAGUCGUAUUUAUGAAUUACAUAAUGAAUAUAAUAAACGCAGAAGUCUACUACGUAAAGAAAAUUUAAAUGAAAGUCAUACAUUGAGACUAAGCUUUGAAGAAGAUAAAUGGAAAAUGGAACAACGUUAUCUGUAUAUGAAGCAUCAACUGGAGAGAAGUGGUCUAUUGGAUUUGUUUAUGAUUAAACGAGAACAACUGACUGGUCGAUCAGAGCUCGAGUUGACUGAAUUGAAACAGACUAUCAACACGGAACGCAGUAAACUACAGACAAUCCACUCUAUAGAAAGAAAAAAUCUCGUGAAAUCGCUGAAGACAUUGAAUAAACGUAGUAUCCUGACAUUACAACGACAAUCUCGAAUCGUUUCACAGCAGGUGAAUGAAGCUCAAAAGCGUAUGAAUGAUGAAUUAGCCUAUUUAGAGUCUAAGCACAAAGCACAAACUGAAGCCUUAGAACAGAGUAUUCAUUUUCGACUAAGGGAAUUAGAACAAAGUGCAAUUGAGAAACGUAAUGCUUUAAUGGAUCAGGAAACAAUACGAUUACAAGAAUUGGAUGUUAAGCAUCAAAAUGAAUUACGCAUGUACACCGAAUCGUUACCUAGAACUAAAGCUAUACUAAGAGAACGAUUUGCUCAGGAAUGCAAAGAUGAUUUGUUCAAUUUAAAUACCAAUAUUGGUGGUGGUGGUAACCUAAGUAAUAUUCCACAAUCUCGACAUAAAACUUCAACACGACCUAUUUCCAGUCUGUCAAAUAUUCGUUUGGGUUCACUUACUUCCAGUUCCAGUACAAAACAAUCAAAUAUACAAGAUUCUCGUCCUAAUCGAAUUAUUACUUUAUUCUCUCAAGAAAUUGAUAAUGCCAACAUGUCUAGUUCAUCGAUCAUUCGUAGUUCUAAACAAUGAACACGUUGUGAUGUAUUAUUAUUAUUAUUAUUAUUAUUAUUAUUAUUAUUAUUAUUAUUAUUAUUAUUAUUAUUAUUAUGGUCAUUCAGCCGAAAAUGAUUCAAAUGAACACUUCCCUGUUUCCUUUUUUCUUCUUAUGUUUAACCGCCGGUGGUUGUGAUUGUGGUGCAUUGUGCCCAUCUUAAUUUUGUUAUUUUUUUAAUGUGCCGUUCCGUUUAAGGCACAAAUAAAGAGUCGAUUUUCUCCUCACUCUCACUCUGUUAUCUUUUACCUGUAUAUCCUAAAUCUUGGUAUGAUUGUUGAUGGAUCACACUUUAUGAUUAUUAGUGAUACAAUGAUUUUUAUAUAUGUACAGAUAGUGUAUGUGUUUGACUGUAUUGUUUCGCUUCAUUUUACACCUAUUAGGUAAUUUAUAUUUAUGAAAAUGUGUGUCUUCCAUCAAAACUAUUUGAAAAAAUGUGAAUGUAUUUUAUGCGUAUCUAAAUGAUAACUUAUUCACCUUUAACAAUAAUUAUUUAUUUUUGUUUCAAUUAUACACAUGUAGAAAAAAGAAUUUUAGUGUACUUUUUCCAUUUUGUUAUGAAACAGUCUGCGCGUCAUAUGUUGUAAUAGUUUAUCGGUUUUGUUUAACUCGUCCUAACUACUUUCUUAUUUCAUUUUUAUAAUGUCUCGUUUUCACUUUUAUCUCAUUGAAACAGUCUGUUUUAUUAACAAACAAAAUAUGGGAUGCACACAACAAUAAAAAAAAGAGAUUAUUUUUGAGAUUAUUUAUUAAACUCUUUUCAUAUUGAA